GGCCCUUGCCGCUGUGGGGGCGGGGGAGGGAGCGUUGUGCAAGCGGGUGCUUGUGAGCCCCGCGCUUCCCGCCGGUCCCCUUCUCCCCGCUGCGAGCAGCCGGGGCCUCCUCCAUGCGGGAGAGGAGAAGGCGGGAGCUGCUGGCCGGCCAUACCCGGCGCCCGGCAAGCCGGAGCCGAGCCGCCGCCGCCGCGCCGCUUCUGCCGCAUCUCCCCGCGGCGCGCUGAGCUCUGCCCGUCGCGCCGCCCCCUCCCUCAGUCCUUCCACCCCCCACCCCGCCGCCCGUUUUAUGUUUUUGGGUUUUUUUUUUUGUUUUGUUUUUUGUAUUUUUUUUUCCAUCCCCUCACCUCUUCGGUUUUCAUCCUGGCCGCGAGCAAAGUGUCUUCAUGAGCGCAGAGGAUGUCCGGGAAGCACUACAAGGGGCCCGAAGUCAGUUGUUGCAUCAAAUAUUUCAUCUUCGGCUUCAAUGUCAUCUUCUGGUUCCUUGGCAUAGCAUUUCUUGGGAUUGGAUUGUGGGCAUGGAAUGAAAAGGGAGUGCUGUCCAACAUCUCUUCCAUCACUGACCUGGGUGGCUUUGAUCCAGUUUGGCUCUUCGUAGUGGUAGGAGGAGUUAUGUUCAUUUUGGGAUUUGCAGGAUGCAUUGGAGCUUUGAGAGAAAAUACCUUUCUUCUCAAAUUUUUUUCUGUGUUUCUUGGAAUUAUUUUCUUCUUGGAACUCACUGCUGGUGUUCUAGCAUUUGUUUUCAAAGACUGGAUCAAGGAUCAGCUGUAUUUCUUUAUAAACAACAACAUCAGAGCAUACCGAGAUGACAUUGAUUUGCAAAACCUCAUAGACUUUACGCAGGAAUAUUGGCAGUGCUGCGGGGCUUUUGGAGCUGAUGACUGGAACCUUAAUAUUUACUUCAAUUGCACAGAUUCCAAUGCAAGUCGAGAGCGCUGUGGUGUGCCAUUCUCUUGCUGCACUAAAGAUCCUGCCGAAGAUGUUAUUAAUACUCAGUGUGGCUAUGAUGCAAGGCAAAAACCAGAAGUUGAUCAGCAGAUUGUUAUCUACACUAAAGGUUGUGUCCCUCAAUUUGAGAAAUGGUUGCAGGACAAUCUUACCAUAGUUGCUGGUAUAUUCAUUGGGAUAGCAUUACUGCAGAUAUUUGGGAUUUGCUUAGCCCAGAAUUUGGUUAGUGACAUUGAGGCUGUCAGAGCCACCUGGUAAAACUGCUGAAGUAACCACAACAAGACACUGGACAACCGAAACCCUCUGAAACCUCCAGUGUGUCUCUCCGGCACCAAGCUGUAUGGACAUGGGUGACAGGGAAACCUUCUCUCCCACAUAGUCUCAAGUUUUAAGUUCCUGAUAUUGCAGUGAACUCAUAUUUCUUUGGGGGUGGGGAUGAGAAGAGUGAGCUUUUUAAAACCUGCUGCUCACGGGCAAUUUUUUUUCUUUUUUUUUUCUUUUUUUUUUUUUUUUGCUUUAAACCACCAGUUUGAAAGCUGUUGAGCCGUGAAUCUCUACUGUAUUCUUGAUCCUGAGUAACAAGUGGACACUUUUUUAAAAUUGGUGUAUUCAGUGGGACAGAGUUGCAUCAUUGUAAUCUGUGCAUAUACUGUUUAUUCUUCAUGUCAUGAGCUCUUAGUAGCUGCCAAGUAUUCCUGAGAUGGUUACUCACCUCACCACUACUGUAAAGGAGCAGUCGUCUUAUUUUCACAGAUAAACGUAGCUACAGCCUAAACUCAUCAAGCAGGAAGCAACUUUCUAUGCAUCUAUUGUACAGUAAAUGAAACUGUUUUUAAAACAAGGGAAAGUUACUUUUUUUGGUGUUUUUUUUUGUUUGUUUGUUUUUUUAACAAGAUUCCAGCCAUCUCCCUGUAGUACUUUCAAGUUGGAAUCGGCAAGCUCACAGGGAGAACUGCCUAAUUUUAUCAACAUCUUUCUUCCUUUCUCCACCCUUGUAUGAAGGGAAAGGAGUUUUAUAUUUGUCAAACAAGGGUUGUAGAGCCUUUAGUUGCUGCCAUACCUGAGGACAUCAGUCUCUUAAGGCAAGAAUGAGAUAUCAUUGUAUAAAUGUAUGAAAGCAGUGUGGAUAUUGGGUCCAAGUGAAUAUUAUUAUUCAAAAAAUGAAUUAUAUAUUAACUUAAAAAAAUCAAAGCGUAUGUAUCUGAUAUGGCUAAAUCUUUUGUUUCUCUGGAGUUUAGUGUAACCUAAAAUACUUAGGGAUCUCACUAAUAUUAUGCUUUGAUAUACUUGUACAAAACUUCUUUUAAGAUAAUUUCCUGGUCUGUUUUUAUCUGAGGCUUUGAUGUUUCUCUUUUAAUUUUUUUUUCCUUCAAUUCUUUUCACUUGCAUGAGCUGUGGAGUAAGAAUCUCCAGUGCUUUAAAUCUGUGCAUAUGUUUUAAUACGGUCUAAUCCAAACUUAUUUAUUGGUAAAUGCAUGUGAUUAUGGGAAGAUCAUAUUCCAUUCCUUUGGAACUUGGAGAGAACAGCUUUUGCCAGAGUAAAUGCUUACUUCCAGUGGACAAAUCUUUGCUAUGAAGAUAUGUCUCCCUCUGUUGCAUAAAAUGCAACAACAAAAAAAUCUUGAAGCAAUGGAAUAAAAGUUCUAAAAUAGAAGUGUGUAUUAGGAUAAGGCAAGACACAUAUUCUUGAAAUGGAGCAAAAUUUGGAAUCAAGCUCAAAUAGUGGUAGAAGAAUUAGAUCAGACUCCAUCCACCUUUAAGUUUGAUUUGUUGCUCUUCAAAAAUAAUAAUGAAUUUACAAACCUGACCACGACUUGGAUAGGUUCAUUGCACUUUGUACAAAUUCCUCUUCUUUUAUGACCUUUUCAGUAUCUGCAGAAUAAGCCCUGAAUGCUAUGAGCUCUUUGCUCCUGCUUUGUUAAAACGACGAUAAAAAGGUGUGUAGCACCUCUUUGCAAGAGAUGAUUUUUCAGAGGAGUAUGUGGAGUAAAAGAGGUUAAUGCAUUGUUUCCUAAGUGUCCCGGUUGUGGGGGAUGGAUAGGAGGCUACUCUGGUGGCCUUUUAAGGUCUUUUCUGGUCCCAUGACUCUUUAACUUGUGAUUAUAUGUACCCUUGCAUAUUUUGCCUUUCUGUGCUUUAGUCAACUGUGUUUUCCCCCCCUCCAAAAACUGGUGUUGGGCACACUGGUGAUCCACAGAUGCUCCAGAAAGUCCUGUGGUCCUUCUGUCUUUCAGUAUUACCUCAUUCUCUUCUGAUUAACUCCCACUGACUGUCUCUGAAUCAGGCAGCCUCCAUAUCCUUUGGUAUCUGCUGUUAAAGGCCAGCCAUGAGUCAGAGGUGGUUUUUUUGGUUUUUUUUUUUUAAGCCUUUGCAAGCAAUUAUAAUUCACUGUCCUUAAUAAAGUUGGUUCCACCUCACCACAGUGUUAUGUUUUUCUUAGUCACUCCUCAUCUUGAGGAGUUACUGGUGUUGGUUUCCCACAAAGGGACACACCGUUUUGCCUGAUAGCAGCAGGACAGACAGAUCAUCAGCACCUAUGAUGCUGCACUGAUAAAAUGGUGUGGGUAGAUAUCAGGGAAGUCUGGUUCAGGAAAUAACUCCUUCACUCAAGAGCCUUGGUUGUGACCCAGCACUUUGCUUUGGAAAAAAAAAAAAGAAAAAAAGAAAAAAAGUCUGUAUUACAGAAACAUUCCUUAUUGCCAUUGAUCUUGAAUACUGCUGUUGCUGCUAUGGGCUUCUGAAGACAACUUCCAUUCCUCUACUUGAAUUUCUGCAGUUGUACUGUAUUGGCCUUCUGUCUUGUGCUGUUCUCUGAGCUCCAGUCUGCUGGAUGUGCACUGGCAGUGUCAGACUGAUAGAAAGGUAAAUGAUCUGAGGUGAGCAAGUCUUUUUCUCAGUAUUUGCACAUGUACUCACAAAUGUGCAACAUAUCUUGUGAGUCCCAGAGUGACUGUUCUUAUUAAAAAAAAAAAACCACUAAAUUUAUUUUUCUAGGCCUUGUAUUUUUUGCUGCAGACGCUAGUUCCCUCCCCCACCCCACAAUUCCCUAUAACUUUUCUGGUUUUUGUAGUUAUUUGGUGGAUGAACACUGAAUGUUCAGGAUUACCUGCCUGUAUUGCACAUUUAAAUCCCACAUUUCUGUCUACAGAUUGGAUUAGAUGUACUAGAAAUGCCCCAGCUACUGGCAGCUUAGGUGUCCAGUUUGGAAAGCUUGUGGGAAGCCUUGGAGGUCAAUUCGUUAUGGUCAGAGCCUACCAAAAUCAAUCGAGCUUUCUUCCAGAAAACCUUACAGAAACUUCAGGUGAGCACAACUAGAGCACAGCUGCCAGUUACACGGGCUCAUUUUCCAAAGCAAUAAGAUAUGGUAGGCAGUACAACUUUUUGGCAAUCUCAUGUUUGCCUGAUGUGCUUGCCUGAUGUGCUAUCCACCUUACCUAGUGGGUAACAUGAGUUCAGACAUCAGUGUAACUUUCCUUAAUCUGCAGUGGUUGCUCAGAAAUUUGUUGUCAUGCUUGUGGCCCUUUGUGGAGCAUGAAACAGCUGUUUGCUGCACACUUCCUAUGUGAUGGGAGUGUUGCUGCUUAGAGGUCUGGUUGCUUUGGUGAUAGCCCUGAUUUUAAAGCCAUUUCUGAAUUCUCCACUGAGCCCUAGCAAAGGGCACCACAAUUCUUGCUCCUCUGCUUUCUAAAUUCUCUCUCUCCAUAUUCACAAGCCUUUUCUUGUGUGUUUUUUUUAAUACCUAAUGAACAAAUGUUUGGUUUGUCUGUGUGUUUGUUUUGGUAGAGAGUAGAUAACUGUUUCAAAAUCAAUAAUUUUGAUUGUACCCCUUAGAGUUUGAAGCAGUGGAGAAGUUGCUCAAGUGUGCUCUGUCCUGAAAGCCUUCUCUCCCAUUGAGAGAUGCUAAUUGUGGUUCUGGUGUGUAAAUAUUGUUCGAAAUGUAAAUAGUAGCAUGCAGAUUAAAUGAUUCUUGCACAUGAUUGCUUUUCACCCUCAAAGUGUUUAUAUUGACAAGCAAGAUAUCCACCAUGCAACUUUGCUGACCAAACCUGAGCGCAGCAAGUGGCCAUUUGUGCUGUACCUCGCCCCGUCAGUGAGGCAGAAGCUCUUUAGUCGCCUGCCACCUAGUGUCUGCGGGCCCACUUGCAGCAAGCACUCGGAGAGGGGAAAGCUCUGUUAGUACCAGGACCUCCCUUGCAUUUUUCCUUUGCUACUUGGCAUUAGGAGAAUAGUAUUAGAUUGUAAACUGGAACAUCAGGGUCAGCACCCCCUACCAGUUUUGGGAGGUAAACAUCACUUGCGACAGGACUAAGCAUGGUGCUAUUUGAGUUGCUGUGGUCCUGGAUGUUAAUCUGCAUUUUUACUUCAUUAGAGAUGCCCUUGGCAAAGUUGAUUCUGAUGAACAACGUUGGUCACAAGAGAAACUCUCAUGUGUGUUCUUAAUUCCAUUUCCUUCCUUGUUGUACGUGUGCCAUUUGGGUGCAUUGUAGUGGUAGUUCUGCAAAUGUUUAGGGGGGAGUUUAGAUCUCAACAGGUGUCAAAAACUGGUGAAGGUUUCAGUUUCUCUCUCCCAUUUUUGUUUUCUCUCUCUUUUUGGGGUGUCUGUAUUUGAUAGCAAAACUGUAUAAUGCAAACAAAAGAAUCUACCUUGUUAGAUCUGCUACGUACCAAACUUUGCCACUUGAAUUAAAGAAAAAUCUUCUUCCCCUAAUGUGCAGCAACAUUGUGACUGCUAGCAUGCACCACGCAGGAGUUCAGCCAUGCCACACUACUGUCUGCUGUGUUUUGGCAAUACAAAGUUGUUGACGAGAAGCUCCAUCUGUAUGUCUAUUCAUGUUCAUGCUGUGUACUCAGUAGAGAUGGACCUGAUGCUGCCUUGAUUUCUGGUGAGGGUGGGAUUUGGAUUUUGUGGCUCAGAUCCAUCUCUGAUAAGUGUGUUCCAGAUCAGUUCCAACUGAAUCUCUGCGCUUGGUUCAUCUGAUGGCACAAGGAAAGGUGUUGAUAUUUACCCUUUAUGUAUCAUUCCUUUUUAUACGAAUGUAUUCUCUUGUGUUCCUUUUUUUUAUCAGAUGUAAAAUUGAUUGUAAAAGCCAACUACACUUACUGAUUGAAAGUAUUGGUAUAACAGAACUGCAUGCCCAGUAGAGUUUGACUUGAGCUUUAGUUAUCUGAUUUCAGACUGGUUAUCUUCGGUUUAGGAGAAAAGCAUAGAUCAGGUGCAUAUGUAUUACUUGUCAUCUUUAGCAUUAGACUGUGGUAUUGUAUCACAUGCUGAUCUCAAUGGAUGUAACUGGAGUAUACUUAGGAAGUUAAUGCAACUUCCUGGUAAUUCAUUUUAAGCUAUUGAAAGUGGUCUUGGUCAUGCUACUUGUGUUCUUGGGUUUUUGUUUUUUAAUAGAUGCAUUUUUUUAGGUAUGUUUUAAUACACUUAUGAUGGACAACACAAUAGUUUUAAUAGUUGUGCAGUACUCUGUAUUUACUUGAAGUAAAUCAUUUUAUAUGCAAUUUGUUAGAUAAUUACAAUUUUAUAAAUAAAAUUGCGUGAAAUA